UCCUCCCUCGGUGAGCUUCGAGAGGUCUGGGGACGAGGCGAGCAGAGGCUGAUACUUCCUCGUCUGUUUCUUCCCUUUUUUUCUUAUUUCUCGGCCGGGAAAGCGUCCUCCUCGGCUUCCGUCGGCGCGAAAUUGACCUGUUUAUUUAACUCGGAAGACGAUGGCGGACGAAGGUUUUGACCCUUGCGAGUGCAUCUGGAGCCAUGAGAUGGCCAUGAGGAGGCUCCUGUCGCUGCUGAGACAAUCCCAGACCUACUGCACAGACAAUGAAUGUUUCAAUGAAAUGCCCGGGCCAACAAUGCCCGCCCGUGACACUGGCUCUGAUGGCAUGAUGCUCAUGGCCAUGAUGUGGGGUCUUCUCGCCAUUGUCCUGUUCUUCUUGCGGCCGUCAUCCCUUCGCUCCAACCCAGACGCCAAGCCCUCCAACAGCCACCAGGAUGGGGGAUCCCCACCAGCUCCUCCAACGGCCAACUAGACCCCCAGCAGUAGCCUACAGGUCACCACGUUGUCUCCUCCCUCCCUGCCCCAACCCUCCAGCUCAACCCAUCGCCUCCUGACACUCUCCCAAGUGACUUUUUUUUUUUCUUUCUUUUUUCUUUUUCUUUUUUCUUUCCACCUCGUAUGUGGAGGAAGACUUUGGCGACCCCAUUUUGUUGUGCUGUUCACCCAAAGGCUUUGGGACUGUUUCAUCUUUGUCCUUUCUUUCUUUAUCGUGGUUCCACUUUUUUUUCAGAUUCUCUUUCUUGAUAUCUCUAUCUGAAAUGAGUUUUUUUUUUUCCUCCCUUUUCUUUUAUUCUUUCCCUUUUUGUCUUUUUUCUUUCCCCUCUUUUCUUUUUUCUCAUUCUCUUCCUCUGUCCACGCCUUCUUGAAUAGCACAACAAAGGAGAUUCAAGGUCUGGCAAGUGAAGGAAUUGGCACAGGCAUUUUCUGAAAGGAGUUCCAGGGAGAUUGAUUUGGGUCUCGCAGUCUAAAGGACUCCUCUUAUUCUCUUAUUAAGAUGUUUGUUUUGUAUCAUGUUCAUUCUUCAAAGACUUAGAGAAAUUUUGGUACUGUAUCAAGAGUUUUAUUAUCAUGGCAGUUGAUUAAUAUUCAUGUUAACUGAUCUCGGAAACUGGUAAGAAAAAAAGCCAUUUGUUCUUUAUUGCUGUGUUCAGGAUCUUGACUUUUAUAUUGUACCUUUAAUAUUUAUACAGUUCUAUUUUUCUUCAGAAGUUUUAUUGAUUAAAAUAAGUGUAAAAUCCAGUGUCAGUAUGUAGAAAUAAGAGCCAGUACAUGCUUUGAUCUUGAACCCCUUGGUGAUAGGUGAAGGAAACCAAAAAAAAAAAAAAAAAUGACUUUGAGCGCGGGAGUUCGGUACAUCCGAAUCACCGGCUCGUAGCACUUUGGCGCGCUGCCACGGCAUACAGCCGCACGCCACAGAUCGAGCAGUUUGUUUUGACGCCUUACGGCGUGACCCAUCGGGAAGGGGUUAAAGAAGGACUAAAGGAUAGUCAGUGAAUUUUAUUCAUUCUUUUCAUUUUGUGUUAUAAGUAUACUUUAUAGUCAAAUUCAAAGGAUAUCCUAAGUUGAAAAAUCAAAUACAAACACUUUCUGAGGUCAUGGAUAUCAAAAUUGGAAUGGGAAGUACUUACAUCACAGCACUGUUAUUGUGUGUGUUUGUUUUGGUAGAUUCUGGCAUACAUAAACUGGUAUACACUUGCACACAUGGCAGAUAGUAUGAAGUGCAGAGGUGGUGCAGAUUCUAGUUUCUGUCAUGAGAUUACAGUGCUAAUCAAGAAUCACAACAAAUUAUCAUGGUAAAGGGAGAUGCCUCAGAAAGCAGCAGUACAACUGGUAUUUAGAAAUGUAAGAAGAUUUUUACCUGUGAUAUUUGCAGAAUACCCUUUCACCCCCCCCCCCCCCCCAUGCCCCUCCUCCUCCUCCUCUUUCCCCAAAAAGCAAAUAUUGAAAAUUUAGUUCUUUAAUGCCAGGCCACCCACCCACCCCUCUUCCUCCAUCCCCAAAGAGCCUGGGUGCGAGUCCUUGUCCAGGGCCUCCUUUUGGCUUGACAGAGUGCUGAAGGUCCAGGGUGAGGUUGUACCCAGAGGUCAAGCUGGGUUCCCAGGUCAGUAAUCUAAAGCCUAAAGUUAACUGCGUUCGCUCUCAAGCAUAGCAAUAGCAGCAUGCUAUGGGAUUGCCUUCGCAGUGCAAAGGUUGAAGUGACUCGAUAAACGUCUUGAAUGUAAAGAAGCACAUGGGGGGUGGUUACACUAGACAAAGCACAGCCUCCUUUUGGGGCCUUGUGUGUGUGUGCAGGUGUGCAUCACGGUUAGAGACCUAUGAAUCUCAGAGUAAAUAAAACGAGUUUCAUAGGAAAAGUUGAAAUAUAAUCAGUGGCUGGAGGGAAAGAGUCUGUUCCAGGUGUGCAGAAGGACUGACUGACUCCCUCACUAUGUGGUCUUUUUUUUUUCUUUCUUUCUUUGUUUCUUUUCCUUUUCCUUUUCCUUUUCUUUUCUUUUUUCUUUUAGUUUUCUUUUUCACCACUUUCAUUUGGUCAUACUGCUGUCAUGCUUGACUAAUCUCAAAUUCCUCAAUUCAAUAGAAGCACAAACAAUAGAAUGAAAGACAUAUAAGCACAAGAACACAUUUAAAUGUAAUAAUUUUUUUUUGUCAUAAAGAAUAUUAACACCACUUGCACAGUGAAUUACUUUUUAUCUUUUAAAAUAGAGAGCUUUUACAUCAUUAAUAAUUCUUUAAUCUUUUUAUUUCUGAGCAAAACUAGUGCAGCAGGGUAGUUUGUUCCAGCAUUCCAUGACCACAAAUUGUCAGGUUGUGCCGAUGAAGGAUUAAAUCACAAACCAAAGGGAAGGAAGAGGUUUGGGCUUUUGUCCAUGGAUGUGAAGGAGGACUUGAUUGAUGAAGGUGUUGGUUUCACGUGCGCAUCGUCAAGCAGGCGUGCUGACAAAUGUGAAUCGACAGAGCGAAAGGUCAUGUCGACCACAACACAGGUGCAUUUGCAGUGAGCUAGUUACAUUUUUGUUUUUUAUAUUGUUUUAGUUUUAAAUGUUUUAUAAAAAAUUGUCAGGUCCUCUUUGGAAAUACCCUUUUUUAUAAGAGUAACAGCACCACACUGCCUAAAGCCCUUUGUACAUGAAUUGUUUAGUAGACUAUCAAGGACACAGAACCAAAUGUUAAAAUCAGAAGUAACACUGAUGUAUAUAAUGUUAUUUUAGGACAGGCAUUUGAUGAUCAUUCUCUUAAAAUCCAGCAGUUAAGUUGUUCAGGACCAAAAUAAAAAGCUAGUCUUUGGCAAUAUUGAGUCUUUUGUGCUGAUACUUAUCUCUAGAAUGUUUGGUUUCAUUUUUGUAAAUUAUAUGAAUAUUUGUGUAUGAUUAUUAGAGCAUAUAAUCUAAUUAUGGGAACUGUCACAUAUUUGUUUGAAGUGUGACUUGUUAUAUCACAGGGUCCAAAGAACAUGAAUUGGCUGUUUUAUGAAAUUUUUAUGAAAAAAUUUUACAUGCUGGAUGUUUCCUCAUCCUCAUUUGUAGGUUUAAGGCAAUUGCUUCCUUUCAUAAGUCAUAAGGAAAGACCAUCAGAGCCUGUACUAUGCAUAAGAAAUUCCCCGCCCCUUAUUCCUCUCGAAAGGAGAAAAACUACAGCUUUGCGGCGAGAGAGAGAAGAAAAAGAGGAGUCGUUUUCGAAAGGCUUAUUCUAUCAUUUGUAACCAAACCAUUUCUGCAAUAUUAUAUUUACUGAGUAUUAUAGAUUAAUCAGUUAUUUUUCUUUUUUGUUCUCUUUUUUGUAUAUGUAACAAAUUUGACAUAUGGUUUGAUGGUUAGGAAAAACCGCUCACAAUAGUCAUUUCAGCAUUUCAGUGCAGCUGAGGAAAGAUUUGCACGUUGUCAAGAAAACUCUUGUAAAAAUAGUGAACUUUUUAAAAUGUGUAUUAGGUAUUUUGCUUUUGUAAGUUUUCAAAAGAGAUAAGUCAGAUUUUAAUGAAGGGAGAAAUACCUAUUGAACCUAGUUUUUCCUAGUCCCAAAUCAUUUUAUUUCCAGUUAUAGUAUUUAUAUACAAUAUAAUCUAAAGGGAUGGUUAAUUAUUUAGGAACUAUAUUAAACUUUUUGGCACAAAUGAAAAAUAUAUAAAUAAAAUAAAAGAAUCUA